UCUGGGAGUUCUGGGCUGAGCAGUGUAGCCCAGGAGCUUUUGGUAGUCGUUGGUACUUCCGCUCCAGGAGGAUGGCGUAGCAGCCAUCUUUUCUCGGGCUUUAGUGGUUUUGAUCUUCUUCCCUGAAACCUUUCGAAUGUCUCCUGAAUGUACUUGGGAACAACACUUAGCAGUCUUUCGUUUGGGGAGGACCGGUUGACAGCGGACGUUUCCGAAUGGCGUUUUGCGUUCUCUAGGGCGGAGCUUCCUUGAAUUGGGGGCGUACCUGGGUCGACUGAGUUUGAGGGUCUCCUGGGGGCUCGCGCCUCCUGCCCGACUCGCCCACCUGCGAGCCUGACCUGCAGCUUCAGACGGUCUCACCUCGGACCGCCUAGUUAACCCCUUUGUGCUUUUGAUUGUUCUGUAAAAGGAAAAUACAAGUUACACCUUCAAAUGAUGGAAUAUUUUGAGAAAAACGUGGUAUACUACAAAAGAUUUAAAACUGCCUGGUACAUGGAUUUUUCUUGAUACUACUAGAAAUUUUCCGAGAAGCGCAUGUUUCUGGACUUCAUCUGUCGGGAAAUGUAGUCCAGGACUGAAGUACUGAGCGUCCUGAGGUCUGGAAGCAACUGCAUUAUCCCUAAACCAUUGACCUUUUAAAGAAGGAGAGUGUUGCUUCUAGCUGGUCUGGAAGAUGUGACUGUGACUGAUUGGAGGUGGAGACACAACCCUGGUUUUUCACAGCCUCCUUUUCUUCACUAUUCCUGACUUGUCCAAAAGCACUGCAGAAGAGAAGAGGCCGCAGAGCCCCACUUCUUCUUCUUAGGACUCUGCACUCCCUGGAAAGAUAAAUUAAAGAUGAACACAUUCAAGGAAGCUGUGACUUUCAAGGAUGUUGCUGUGGCCUUUACUGAGGAGGAGCUGGGACUGCUGGAUCCUGCCCAGAGGAAGCUGUACCAAGAUGUGAUGGUGGAAAACUUCAGGAACCUGGUCUCAGUGGAGCAUCAGUUCUUCAAACGAGAUAUAUCAUAUGCAGAAAGAGAAGAAAAGCUUUGGAUGAUGAAGACAGCAACCCAAAGAGAGACAAGUUUAGGAGAGAACAAUCAAAGUGAGUUAAGGACUGUUCAAGACAGAGAAUCCCAUGAAAAACUUUCCUGCUGGCAAAUCUGGCAACAAAUUGCAAAUGACUUAACCAGGUGUCAUGGCACCAUAAUAAAUAAUACUGAGGUCCACAAACAGUGUUAUUCCCCCUGCCAGGUUGGGACAGGACUACCUGUUCAAAUUUCUGAAGAUGAGAAUUUGAAACAGAAUCAUAAAGCUGAUGGUCCUAGCCAUACUGAAGACUCAGAGUUUCCAACUUUGAGAAUCCAGGAUUCUUGGAGGAAAACUUCCAUGAUUGAAUCACAGAAUUAUCAGGGUAGAUAUCAACAGAUUUCCAUGAAAAAUAAACUCUGUCAGUACAAACAGAGUAUUGACCCCAUCAGUUGGAUUUUUUUACAUCACCAUGAUGAUCUUAAAGUAGACAAAAGUGAAAAAUCUUAUGGCCUCAAUGAAUAUGGAAAAGAGAGCCUAAAGAUUUCGACACUUUGUAAGCACAGAAUGACUCCCCCAGAACAGAAGCCUUACAAGUGUAAUGAGUAUAAAAAAGCCUUCAGUGAUUUCUCCAGCUUUGAUCCUCAGCAGCAACACUCAGGAGAGGAGUCUCAGACAUGUGCUGAAUGUGGAAAAGGUUUCCAUGACAGCUCAGUUCUUUGUGUUCAUCUGAGAGUUUGCAUGGAAGGAAAACAUAAGUGUAAUGAGUGUGGUAAGGAAUUCAGCCAGAGCUCACAUCUGCAAACCCAUCAAAAAGUCCACACAAGAGUAAAACCAUACAAAUGUGAGCAUUGUGGGAAAGCUUUUAGUCGUAGAUCAGCACUUAACGUUCAUUGUAAAGUCCACACUGGAGAGAAACCUUAUAAUUGUGAGGAGUGUGGGAGGGCCUUCAGUCAGGCCUCUCAUCUUCAAGAUCAUCAAAGACUCCACACUGGGGAGAAACCAUUCAAAUGUGAUGCUUGUGGUAAGAGUUUUAGUCGGAAUUCACAUCUUCAGUCCCAUCAGAGAGUACAUACAGGAGAGAAACCAUACAAAUGUGAGGAAUGUGGGAAGGGCUUUAUUUGUAGCUCAAAUCUUUAUAUUCAUCAGAGGGUCCACACAGGAGAAAAACCCUAUAAGUGUGAGGUAUGUGAUAAAGGUUUUAGUCGGCCUUCAAGUCUUCAGGCCCAUCAGGGAGUACACACUGGAGAAAAAUCAUACAUAUGUACUGUGUGUGGUAAAGGCUUUACUCUAAGUUCAAACCUUCAGGCUCAUCUGAGAGUCCACACUGGAGAGAAACCAUACAAAUGUGAGGAGUGUGGGAAGAGCUUCAGGAGGAACUCCCACUAUCAAGUUCAUCUAGUGGUCCACACAGGGGAGAAGCCCUAUAAAUGUGAGGUGUGUGGGAAGGGCUUCAGUCAGAGUUCCUAUCUUCAAAUCCAUCAGAAGGCCCACAGCAUAGAGAAACCUUAUAAGUGUGAAGAGUGUGGGCAGGGGUUCAAUCAGAGUUCACGACUUCAGAUUCACCAGCUGGUCCACACUGGUGAGAAACCAUACAAAUGUGAGGAGUGUGGAAAGGGAUUCAGUCGAAGAGCAGAUCUUAAAAUUCACUGUAGAAUCCACACAGGAGAAAAACCAUAUAAUUGUGAGGAAUGUGGGAAGGUCUUUAGGCAGGCCUCAAAUCUUUUGGCCCAUCAGAGAGUCCAUAGUGGAGAAAAACCAUUUAAAUGUGAAGAGUGUGGGAAGAGCUUUGGUCGGAGCUCACACCUUCAAGCCCAUCAGAAGGUCCAUACUGGAGACAAGCCAUACAAAUGUGAGGAGUGUGGGAAGGGCUUCAAGUGGAGCUUGAAUCUGGACAUGCAUCAGAGGGUCCACACAGGAGAAAAACCAUAUAAGUGUGGGGAGUGUGGGAAGCACUUCAGUCAGGCCUCAAGUCUUCAGCUCCACCAGAGUGUCCACACUGGAGAGAAACCAUACAAGUGUGAUGUGUGUGGUAAAGUCUUCAGUCGGGCUUCACAGCUCCAGUCUCAUCAGAGAGUUCACACGGGGGAGAAACCUUACAAGUGUGAGAUAUGUGGUAAGAGCUUCAGCUGGAGAUCAAAUCUUACAAUUCAUCACAGAAUUCAUGUCAGUGAUAAGUCCUAUAAAAGAGAUAGUAAGAAUAAAGAAUCCACACAGGAAGAAAGUUCUAUAAAAUGAUGUUUUUUG